AUGCUUUUGCGGGGGCUGCUUUUGCAGGCAACGAUAUGUUGUAGAGCAAGCCAGGACGACUACGGUAACUGCUCGAGUGUCGAGGAGGCCGUAACAGCAAUUAUGAAGGAUACUUUGCAACACUGCCUGGGCGAGGAGAACGAUACCAUGCGCGAGAAAGUGCUCAAUCAGAUGGGCAAGGGCUUGGCGGCACUUGUUCGGAUAUCCGCAGCAGUGGCAGCUGCAUCACCUGCACCUCCUCCCAUAUCCAUACCAGCGAUGUCAACCAUCGCUGAGGACGACCUGGAGCAGGUCCGGAGAAUGCUCAAGUUAACUUCGUUGCCGUUCCACAGCAGUUUCGAUCAUGAGCUCACUGAGCUCAUGCUGAUCCUUCAGACUGGCUAUGGACACGACAGAAAUCUGACUGCGAAUGAAUUGUCCCAAAUUUGCAAGCGCCUGGGAUCCGACAUGGUUCAAUGUCUGGGCCCAUUAUUCAUGUGUUUCCACGAGCUUCCUCUCUGGGCCAAGUGCAACGCUUUCAUGCUUCCCGCAGACAUGGCAGGUAGGGUGGCUUUCAACCUACUUGCCGGCCCAAAUACACGGUGAUUUGUGCGAGGGAGCAGCAUAGGGGACGCGUGAAGAGUGAACAAGUAUCAAAUACAUUCAGAAGCCGACGUGUCUGCGAAUCGGAACGCAAAUUCACGUGCUGGAACAAAUGCAAGAGCAGGAUGGCGCUGGAGACGCUCCCCCGAGGCUCCACGAAAAGGAUUGUGCGACAGUGUGUACGGAAAACGUAAAGUGUCUCCGCAGUGUGAAGGGUAUUGCAGUCAGCGGUAAAGCCGAUCCCGCAAUCGAAUAUGUCACACGGAAUUGUGCCAAACCAUUCUGAUGCGCGACGAUCUGCAUCGAAUAAAUUACAAGUGGAAUGAGUCUCCAGCCACGGCCAUUGCUCCGGAGAGUUGCCCUUCGAGUUAUAGCGUAGCAGUAUACUGUAAAUGUGUUGUACAGUUUGAGCCAAUUUUAACUCGCUACUGUGCCUCCUUUCAUUAUCGCAGUGUCAGAUACCAUUGACGAGGUUUGUGUCUCAGUAUGUCCGUGAUAAUGGGUUGUUUUGUUACUGUUCGAUUCGUCUUCACCCAUCGGAUGCAAGUUCUACUAUCCACCGCCGCUCUGUGGCAUCCUGUUCGAUUAUCGAUUAACGCUGAAAAUUCACUCUACGAGUGUAUUUCAAUGCU